AUGAUGAUGCUUUUCAUCUUCCAACAAUGCAUGAAAAUUCUCAUCCUGCCCAUCUAUGUGCUUGCCUAUUUUGGCUUAUGGGACCCUAUUUGUAAAAAAACCUUCCCAGUUUUCUUGAAGACAGCAAGCAAACUCUAUAAUAUAAGAAUGCACAAGAAAAAGGAGAUGCUAUUCAAGAACAUGAGUGACUUCGCUGAUGCUUCGGGAAAGCUUCACCUGCUGGAGAUCGGCGUGGGCCCCGGCACCAACUUUCAGUUUUAUCCACCCAACUCAUAUGUUACCUGCAUGGACUACAAUCCCAACUAUAGAAACGUCCUUCUGGAGAAUAUGGCUCAGAAUACGCACCUGCAGUUCAAGAAUUUUGUGAUCGGCUUCGCUGAGGACAUCUCUUCGGUACCAGAUGGCUCUGUGGACGUGGUGGUUGGCACGCUGGUGCUUUGCUCUGUCAACAACACCCAGGCUGUCCUGAAGGAAGUUCUGCGAGUGCUCAGACCAGGUGGUGCAUACUUUUUCAUAGAACAUGUAACAGCUGACAGAUCAACCUGGACAUACUUCUGGCAACAAGUCUGUAACAUCUCUGCUGCUCUUUAUGCUGUUGAUUUUCAGACUUAACUUACGCUAUGAAGGGGAUUCCUUCUUAAAGCAACUGCAGCUUUCCC